AUUGAUUAGAAGAAAGCUAAGGUCUCCUCGAAGUAUGAACCACGGGGAUUGUCAACACAAAGUUAAAAUGAAUGCCACUCGGGUGGUGGUAGACUCAAUUUUACACGAGGAAACCCAUUUUGGAUCGCAAAUUCUGAGCUUCAGCUCACAAUAUGGCUCAUAUGGAUCCCAAUAUACUUCCUAUAAGGCUAAUAAUUUGUUGGGAGAGCCUCACCAGUACUCAUAUUAUGGGGAUAGUACACGAGCAUUCGCGACAAGGGAAUAUGGGCUUUUGUGGAAAGAAGCCCCGUCGGGAAAAGUUUUUCGGAACCUGUACAAGCCAUGCACGAAACCUCAAACGGUGGAUUUUGUGGACAUUCAAUUCCCGAAAUUGGGAUACGCAAAACAAGUUUCCAUUUACGAAAACCUGAACCCCGGAUCUGUUAUUGGCAUCUGGGUUUACCACAAUAACGAUUGGCACCGUUUAUGGAAGGGGCCUUACAAGAAACCAAAAAAGUUUAAAAUGAAUCCCAGCAUUCAAAAAUGCAUUCUGCGACCCGUUCGCUUUCCCAUUCAACAUAUCCGGUUGGAAUUGGAUCAAACUGAACAUUGGUAUUAUACAGAGCUCUCUGCUGUCGCUCUAACUUAUGGAGCCUUCGAAAACAGCCUUCAUUCGGUUCUACACAUGACGUCAAGCUCUAAUAAUGAGGCAACCUCCAAAACUUGUUCCAAGAACUACAAGGAUCAUUUGAACUUCUUGGAGAGGGUGCCCAUUGACGUUUUUAUGCACGUCAGCAAAUAUAUCGAUAUACCGGAUAUCAUAUCGUUAUUCAGGGUGUCCAAACAAAUCAAAGCGAUGAUACAAGAAUCCAGGCUUUUGAAAACCUUAGAUUUGUCCAGAUUUUGGAUGGGGUUCAAGGCUAUUUCCAUUCGAAGUUUGCCUAAUUUAUGUUGUAAUGGCUUUACAAAAUUGGAUCUCUCUUGGUGCGGACUGUAUAUGGGUCAAAAUUAUACAAACGAAUUGGAUCAUUUUUUCAUGGACUUGAGUGAAAAGAAAACCCUUAGCACUCUGACCCAUUUAAGACUGAACAAUAGUGUGAUCCUAUUAAAUACUCUCAAGCUCAUUUUGCAAACUACCCUAUUAGUGGAACUGAGUGUAAGUGGAUCCAGGAUUCUUGACAUCAACAAGAGCCCAAAUUCCACUGAAGACAUUAAUGACAUGCUUCACUUUGGAUCGACACAAGGCAGAUUUGCCAAUAUGAAUGCCUUGAACAUCUCUGGAUUGCCAGUAACCAUGGCAACCAUGGUCCAUGUGUUGGAUCAUGCUUGUAAAUUGGAACACCUUGAUAUUUCCAACUGCCUCAAGUUGGACCUGAGUCAGAUCUUGACUCUGUGUCCAAUUGGAUUGAAAACUCUUCAAGCGUGGAGAGUUCCAUCAUUACACCAGCCCCAUGGGUUACUCCGAUUAACAGAACUAGAGGAACUGGAUAUUGGAUGGGUAUUAUCUGAUGGUUUGGGUGAUAUUCUAAAGCAGAUGAACAAUCUCAAAAAGUUGUUCUUGAGCGCCAAUCGAAACAUUGAAGAUUCAGAUCUGUCUGUGUUCGCGGAUCAUUGUGCCAAAUUGGAACAACUUGAUUUGGUCGGGAACAGGUCCUUGACGCCCGAGACGCUAAAGAAAAUAUUUCGACAAAGCCCAAAUUUGAAGAUCGUGGACGUCAGUUUUUGCUCAA